AUGCUAGUUGACACUAGAUCAAACUCAAUAGUGAAGAAGUUUGAAAGACAGGAUGUUAAAUACUGUGAAGAUUUAAAGCACAUGAAGCAAAAGAUCAAGAAACUCGAUGAGAAAAAUGGCAAGGAUUCAACAAUGAUUAUUGACAUAACAAAAGAUCAUGGUAUAGAUGAUCUCGAGACAAUUCUUGUUCCUUUAGCACAUCAUUUUAGAUCAAUGCUCCUCAAUUCAUGGAAAGAAAGAAGUAAGCAAUACUGGGAAGUUGGUGGUAACUGCAAUAUGGCCAUAGCAGCAGCAAGACUGGGACUUCAUUGUGUUGCAAUUGGUCAUGUUGAUGUUCUUCAUGAUGAAGGAAUUGGUACGGUUGGGAUGAGUGACCUGAAUGACAAUGUUGACAGUUCACGUGUUGCAUAUGAGACACUUCUAUGCUGGGUUUUGGUGGACUCUUUUCACAGACAUAGUUUUUGCAGUCGAGCAGAUUUUUGUAAAGAGCCUGCAUUCAGUUGGCUGAGCAAGCUGUCUAUUGAAGGAAAGACCCGAGUGAUAGGAACACCCGAAAAACAGAGAGCACUUGACAAGUUCUUGAGGAUGAGUGAUGUUCUUCUGCUAACGUCUGAGGAGGCUAAAUCAUUGACUGGCAUAGGAAAUCCAAUACUGGCAGCCCAGGAGUUGCUUAGGAAAGGGUUCCGCACAAAAUGGGUGAUUGUUAAAAUGGGUGCAAAGGGCUCAAUUCUAAUAACCAUGUCAAAUAUAUCUUGUGCACCUGCAUUCAAGACAUCACAACAAUCUUCUUUGUAUCUUAAUGUGUUGUCUAGAAAGGAUGGUGCACAGUGUUGCACUGCUAGGGGUAUCAGAAAUUACAGACUCCCACUUGGGAAACUUGCAUUGGUUGACUUACAAGGCCUUAACCAUCAAGAGAAGCUUGCUUUUUGGAUCAACACUUACAAUUCGUGCAUGAUGAAUGCCUUUCUAGAACAUGGAAUACCAGAGAGCCCUGAGUUGGUGGUUGCACUAAUGCAAAAGCCUUCUUUGAGGCUUUUGGCAAUACAAUUUAUGCCCCAAGGUUGUGACUUGGUGUGGAAACAUGUUGUCCGGAAAGGGGAUGCGGUUGUUGAUGCCACUUGUGGAAAUGGGUAUGACACCUUGGCAAUGCUCAAAAUGGUUGCUGAUCAGUCAAAGAGAGGUCGUGUUUAUGCAAUGGAUGUUCAAAAAGUUGCUAUGGAAAGCACUUCAUCUUUGUUAGAUCAAUCAGCCAGUUCAGAUGAGAAAGAACUUGUUGAGCUAUACAGCAUUUGUCACAGUAAAAUGGAGGAAAUUGUUCCAAAGGCAUCAUGCUGGAUGUGUUUUAGCAGAAUCAGUUCAGGAGGUAUAUUGAAUGGAGCAGGCAGUUUAAUGGGGCUGUAUCUGCUGCGUUUAUGCUAUACUGCUAAGCAGGGUUUGAGGAUAGCUGCUGGGAUGAUGCCAGCGUGA